AUGUUGAGAAGAACAGCUGGCGAAGUGCUCAAGAAGAGCCCGAACGAUGUGGUCGUGCUCUCCGCCGUGCGGAGUCCCAUCACACGAGCGUUCAAGGGCGGGUUCAAAGAUUCCUAUCCAGAGGAGAUUUUGAUGCCGAUUAUGCAAGCCGCCGUACAACGCGCCAAAAUCGAGCCGGGCCAAGUCAACGACGCCCUCAUCGGCAACGUUCUUGCGGAGCUGGGUUUCGCAAAGACCGGGCGCAUGGCGCUCAAUGCGGCCGGGUUUCCCAACUCUACGACUUUCCACACAGUCAAUCGACAAUGUUCGAGUAGUCUGCAGGCUAUUACGCAUAUUUCGCAUUCGAUUUUGGCAGGACAAAUCGAUGUUGGGCUCGGUGGAGGAGUUGAGAGCAUGUCACGGAAUUACGCCACCAAGGGAAUUCCGGUCGAUAUUUCUCCUGAUUUGAGGGAAUCCGAUGUCAAGGAUGCGCGCGAUUGUAUUCUUCCUAUGCUGAAGACGUCAGAAAAUGUUGCGUCGCGAUAUGGGAUUAGUCGGCGUGAACAGGAUGAGUUUGCCGCAGAGAGCCAGCGGCGGGCGAGUGAGGCGCAAAAGUCGGGCAGGUUUUCUAAGGAGGUUGUGCCCGUUCGAGUGAGGUAUAUCAGCGCGGGAAUUGAUGAGGAAAGUUUCCAAGUGAUUGACCGUGACGAGGGUGUUCGCCACGGCGUGACCGUUGACAAGUUGUCAAGUCUCAAGCCUGUGCUAGAGAAUGGCUUCAGUACUGCUGGAAACUCGUCUCAAAUCUCGGACGGUGCAUCGAGCACCAUCCUCGCUCGUCGAUCCUGGGCUGAAGCGCAUGGUCUGAAGCCCAUCGCCCGGUUUGCCGGCACCCAGGUUGCUGGUUGUGCGCCAGAUGAAAUGGGCAUUGGGCCCAUUUUCGCUAUCCAAAACCUGUACAAGUACCUGGGUAUUGAAAACAAAGACGUCGACAUUGUCGAAAUGAACGAGGCUUUCGCCAGCCAGUCGAUCUACUGUCUUCGGGAGCUCGGUCUGGAUAUGGACAGAGUCAACCCCAAUGGCGGUGCUAUCGCCCUUGGCCACCCCGUUGGAGCCACUGGAGCUAGGCAAGUUGCUACUCUGCUGGCUGAACUGCAGAGACAGGAUAAGGAGAUGGGCAUUGUGAGCAUGUGUGCCAGCACUGGCAUGGGAGUUGCAUCGCUGUUCAUUCGAGAGUAG